AUGUAUGAGCUGGCAACGAAAUACGAAGGACUAACCAGUAAACCAAGAUUACAACAACGAUUGCGAUUCGUUCAAUGGAACCGUGAAGGCUGGAAAGUUGGUCACUGUCUUGUCCCUCCGGUUGGAUUGCCCUGUAGCUUGCUGACGCUCUCCAACAAUACAUCGAUUCGCGAAAGAUUCCUGGAAAUUCUGGAGCGCUUUUACAAACUAUACAAACGUAAACCUCCAAAGACAUUCCAGGCGAAACUGGUCGGCGAUUUCAGCAAAAAAACCCUGUGCAUUGAUCGUAACUCGCACAUAUUUGAAGAUGUGGACAAUACGACUGCACGAUGGAUGGACCUGACCAAUCAGAGGACCGUGAGCACUGAGGUGCAUAUUAUUCGUCCAGUGCAGCCGUGCCGCGUGCGUCCGUGCCUGAACGCACAAACACGCGACCCUAUGCCACCAUCGUCACAACUGGGUGCGAAGAAAACCGAUAAGAUGAUGGCACAGUCAACAAACUUUCCAGGAUUCCUGUGA